GAGGAGGGUCUCUAGUCGCGUGCCGCUCGGACGGGCAGGUGGCCCUCAUCCCCGAGGCAGCAGGCGGCUCCGCCAUGUCCUUACCUACCGGCCUCUCUCGCCUCUCCGCCGUCGCGCACUCCGCCACCGCUCUCGCACUCGCAGCGCCCGACCAGCUCCUGGUGGUCGGCAUCGCCGCCGCUUCGUCGCCUGCCACUGUGCGCGAAUGCCCGCUACCGCCGGACAGUGCCAUCGGCGCCCUCGCCUUCGACGCCGUCCUGCCCGGCCUGCUCUUUGCCGCGACGAGGGAGGGGACUGUGCACGCCUUCAACACGCGCGGCCGCGUCGCCGACGCCUCCUCCGCCUCGCGGCCACGCAAGGCCAGCUGUGUGUUCCUCGAGUCGCUGCCCCGCGCGAUGGCGACGGGGGCGGGGGCAGGGGCGGGGGCAGGGGCAGGGGCGGGGGUAGGGGCGGGGGCAGGGGCGGGGGUAGGGGCGGGGGUAGGGGCGGGGGCGGGAGGGGUCGGUUUGGCCGCCGUGAGGGGGCACCUGCUGCUCGCGGCGGCGCGGCGGCUUGUCGUCUACAACGUGAGCGGCAUGUACGGCGGCGCGCCCGCCUCGCUCUCCCAAGUCGCGCACUCCCAGCCGCUCGCCGGUGCUUUGCACGACGGGGACGGCGGCCACGAUGAUCCACCUUGGACCCAGAACACGCAUGUGGAGGCGGCUGGUUCUCUCGUCGCGAUCGUUCGCGCGGGGCGCGCGCGCGCGCCGCCCAAUUUCGCAAUUCUCGCAGUGGGACGGCAUGCACACGUCCGCGACACGUCCACGACAUGUCCGAGACAUGCCCCCCUCAGGCGCGUCGUCCUCUGUUCGUGUAUGGGCACUGUCCACGACACGUCCACGACACGUCCGAGACACACGCCCCCCUCAGGCGCGUCGCCCACUUUCGCAGCGGGCUCGGCUACUCCCCGCCCGCCCAGCCGUGGUGGCCGCACGCCCUCGUCGCGGCGGGUGUCGUCCUCGCCUCCGUCUACUUCCAGUGCCGCCGCAAGCCCGAGCGGCGCAGCGGCGGCGCGGGCGGUGCGUCGCAGCGCGGCAGCCCGGGGCGGCGAGGCAGCCCAAGCCGCCGCACCAGCUACGGUGGCUACGGCGGCGCGGGGCACGGCGGCGCGGCGGCGCCACGGCAGCAGCUCUACGAUCAGAUGCAGGCGCGGUACUCGGGGCACGGCCAGUACAGCGCGGCAGCGGACUACGCCGCCGGGGAGGAUUAUUUCGACGACUGACCGGCGGCGGGCGGGCGCAUCUUGCGAGAAUCGGUGAGAUCACCGCUCGACAGCAGGUGCGCGAAAUUAAACGCCAAUUUUCGUUCCGCGGUUUUGCCACUAGCAUUGAAAUCCGGUACAAAACG